AUGGAUGUUGAAAUAGUUGAAUAUCACCUUUUUAAUUUUGGAUUUGUUGAGGACUAUUUUGUUUGGGAGUAUCAAGGGGAAAAAGAUGUGAUCGGUGAGAUAGCUUCAGGUAAUGAUUUGCACGGUGGUUCUCAACCUGAAUCGGGAUUCGAUAAUCCAUACCGACAAAUGGUCUUGCAUGCAGUUGGUCCCAACUUUGGUCAGGGUUCGAGUUCGCAAUCUUAUAGCGAUAUUGAAGUUGAUUCUUCUCAUCCUUAUGAACCUUCAAUGGAGGAGGAGCCUAAUCCCGAGUCCCAAAGAUUUUCCAAUUUUCUACAAGCUGCUGAUGAAAAAUUAUAUCCCUGUUCUUCUCUCUCUCAACUUGCAGUAGUCUCCAGAAUGUUAAAUAUUAAAAUGGAGAAUACUUUGUCACAGAGAGGUUAUAACCAAAUGAUACAAUUGUUGAAAGAGGCUUUACCUGAAGAUAACAAAGUGCUUGAUAGCUAUUAUCAGACUAAGAAACUAGUGCGUAGUUUGGGUUUGUCAGUUGAAAAGAUUGAUUGUUGUGAUUCAGGAUGUAUGUCGUAUUGGGGUGAUGAACACCUUACAUCUUGUAAAUUCUGUGGUAACCAUAGAUAUAAGCGUCGUGUCGGCUCUCGUAAGAGGAAAUUGGUCCUUUACAAGAAAAUGUAUUAUUUUCCUUUGAUUCCUAGAUUGAAAAGAUUAUAUGCAUCCCAUGCUACAGCUGCCGACAUGAGAUGGCACCAUGAGCAUACACAAGACGAUAGGGUAAUGCGUCAUCCAUCAGACUCUGAGGCUUGGAAGAACUUGAAUGAAACUCAUUCUUUUUUUGCUGCUGAACCAAGGAAUGUAAGGUUGGGGUUAUGUACUGAUGGUUUCCAACCGUUUAGUCAAUCUGGGAGGAAAUACUCUUCGUGGCCAGUGAUUGUCACCCCAUACAAUUUGCCUCCAGGAAUGUGUAUGAAAGAGGCAUAUAUGUUCCUAACUGUCAUUGUUCCUGGGCCAAACAAUCAGAAACAUAAAAUUGAUGUUUAUCUGCAACCUCUAAUAAAGGAAUUGACUUUGUUGUGGGAAACAGGUGUAGAAGCAUUUGACAUCUCGAAAAAGCAAAACUUUCAACUGAGGGCAGCUUUGAUGUGGACAAUCAGUGACUUCCCAGCAUAUUCUAUGUUAUCAGGAUGGAGUACUGCGGGCAAGUUAGCAUGUCCUUAUUGUAUGGAGGAAACACAAUCCUUUAGAUUACAACAUGGCAGGAAAACAUCUUGGUUUGAUAGUCACAGAAUGUUCCUUGACCAACAUCAUCCUUUCAGGACAGAUCGUAAAACCUUUCUCAAAGGUAAGACUGUCAAAAGACUAUCACCACUCUAUAGAACAGGAGAGGAAAUUUUGAACCAAAUUUGUGACUUAGGGAUAAGGAAAGUAACAGAGUUAGAUGCACAGGAAGUUAAUCAGAGAAUAUGUAAGUCUUGUGGGUGGAAAAAGCAAAGCAUAUUUUGGGAUUUGCCUUAUUGGAUUUCUAACAUGAUUCGACAUAAUCUUGACGUCAUGCAUAUUGAAAAAAAUGUCUUUGAUAAUGUAUUUAAUACAGUUCUUAAUAUUGAUAACAAAACCAAAGACAAUCUACAAUCACGUCAAGAUAUGUUAAAUUACUAUGAUCGACCACAGUUGGCAAAGGACACUAGUGGAAAAUAUCUAAAAGCUAUAUAUACAAUAGAUAAGGAAGAAAGAGCUAGCUUGUUCAAUUGGGUGAAGGGUUUGAAGUUUCCAGAUCGGUAUGUUUUGAAUUUGGGUAGAUGUCCAGACACAAAUGCGAAAAGAUUAUUUGGCAUGAAAAGUCAUGAUUGCCAUGUGUUCAUGCAACGACUAAUGCCUAUUGCUUUUCGUGAACUGCUUCCCAGUAAUGUGUGGCAAGCACUUAUAGAAUUGAGCUUAUUUUUUAAAGAUUUUACUUCGACCACUCUACGAGUGGAUGACAUGGAAAGAUUAGAGGCAGACAUCCCGCAAAUCUUGUGUAAGUUAGAACGUAUAUUUCCCCAUGGGUUCUUUGACUCAAUGGAACAUCUGCCUGUGCACCUGCCAUAUGAAGCAAAGAUUGCUGGACCUGUACCUGGAACUCUUAAAAGAAUGAUUGGGAAUAAAGCUAGUGUUGAGGGUUCCAUUUGUGAAGCAUACUUGAUGAAGGAGUCAACACAUUUGUUUUCUCAUUAUUUUGAACCUCAUGUCAUGACAGGUAAUCACGAUGUGGACCGUAAUGAUGAUGGGGGUGCCGUAGAAGAUCUUGAAGGAAAUUUAUCAAUAUUCACCCAUCCCGGUCGACUAUGGGGAGAAGCAAAAAAGAGGAAUUUAUCCCUUGAAGAAAUCAAGGCUGCCCAAACUUACAUUUUACUAAAUUGUAAAGAGGUUGAACCGUUUGUGAGUCAUGGUAGCGCAAGAUCAACAAUGAACAGUGGAGUUUGUAUCUCGAAUCCAAAUUUUGGUGAUUACUAUGGACGGAUAAAAGAGAUUAUACAAGUGGAAUUUCGUGAAGAUCCUUUAAAGCAAACUGUGUUAUUCAACUGUGAAUGGUUUGAUCCAUCUAUGGAUGUUGGUGUUAAAAAGCAUAAUCAGUACAAAUUGGUUGAUGUUAAUCAUCGUCGCCGAUAUAAAAAAUAUGAACCUUUUAUUCUUGCGAUGCAAGCAACUCAAGUGUGUUAUGUGUCAUAUCCUAGCAAGAAAAAAGAUAAGGAUGAUUGGGCAGCUGUGUUGAAGGUCAAACCUCGGAAUGUUGUUGAAUUACCCGAUGAGGAAGUAAUGAUGACAGCUCCAUAUUUGAAUGUUCCAUUCCAAGUUGAAGAAGUUGAAGUCCACGAGAUAGAUAUGAAUGUUUCAAUUGAUGAAAAUAUACUCUUAUAUGAUCCAAACGGGAAUGCAAUUGAAAUGGAUGAACACAUCGAUGAUAGGUUAUUGCCAGAGCAUCAUGAAAUCCAAGAUGAAUCUACAGAAGAAGAGUAUGAAACUGAAGAAGAGUAUGAAACAGAGGAAACUACGGAGGAUGAGGAAGAGUUCGAAGAAGGAACAGAUAGUGACUAA